AUGCCGUCGAAACGCAAGCGCUCCGGACCCGGUUUCAACCGUGACACCGACUCGGGGCCAAAGCGCUCCAAACCUUACCAUCAGGUGUACAGGGUCGCCGCCAAGAACAUCUCGGGUCCGGGAAUUUUCGUUACAUGCGUCCAGUCCAAGGAGCGCAAGGCGGCGCUGCAGUUCAUUGAUCUGUUGAAUGAGGUCGCGGAUCGAUUGUACCCGGGGGUGGUGCCGCAGCCGCAGCCGCAGGAGGGGGAGGCGAAGAAGGAUGUCGGCAUGACAGAGGAGGAAGAUAUGGAUGCUUUGCGCAACGGGGCGAUUGCAGAAGCGAGCGUUCCACCACCAGCAACGGAGACGGAGACCAUCGAGGCAGCGGAAGGUUCCACGACAAAGCAGGCGGAAGCCAAGAAGAGCGACGAGGACGACAUCGCAGCGCAGAUCGCCGCCGAGCUAUCCGACAUCAAGUCGUCGGAGCGCUCUCGUGGUCCUUCCAACAAGAAGGCUGCAGCGCCGCGGUUCAAGAAUGUCGAAACGGACACCGAGUGUUUCCUGUUCAUCUCGGUGAGCCCGCCAUUCGACCCGUACCUUCUCGUAUACACGAUCCUGUCCGACGUGGAGCUGUCCGGCGAGCCGCGGUCUCGCUUCGUUCAGCGCCUCACACCCGUCAUCGCCACAUGCGCCGCGAAUCAGACCGACCUCACAACCCUCGCGCGCACCAUCCUGCCCUCUUACUUCUCGACCAACCCGGACGAAGGAAAGACCUUCAAGAUCGACCCGCGCAUCCGAUCGCACUCCAAACUCAAACGAGGCGAUGUCAUCCAGGUCAUCGCAUCCAACAUCCCCACUGCCGAGCCCGAGGUCGAAGGUGGGGAAAGAAGAAGGGUGCACAACGCCAACCUGACCAAUCCGGACUAUUGGAUCGUGGUGGAAGUGGUCAAGAACUCGGCGGCGAUCAGUGUCGUAAAGGAUUAUGAGCGGUUUAAGAAGAUGAACCUGCAGAUGGUGGCACAGGCGGCGAACGAGAAGCGGGCGGUGGAGGGCGGGGAGGUAGGGGCGGGCGAGGGGAGGAUCGCGGCGAGUCUGGCAAAGACCGAGAAGACGACAGCGAAGGAGACUGCACAGGUAGCGCAAGUGACAGAAGGCGAGGAGAAGACCGCACAGGUAGCGCAGGCGACAGAAGGUGAGAAGGAUGAGGAGGCAGCGGCGGCGCAAACACAAGCACAGGCAGAAGAAGCGCCAGCGUCAAAGGAGAACGGGGAGGAACAGCAGAUGGCCAACUUCCGCCUGUUCUAG